AUGGCGUUAGCGGGGUCGACAUGUCCGCAUAUCCAGAACUCGCUGGAUGCUGUACGGACGCGGUACAAAACUGUUCUCGCGUGGAACGUGCAUCGUUCGCAAGCUGUUAGGGCGAGUGGGAAACGGCGUAAGCAGCUCCUUCGUGCGGGAUAUGCUCACUUGCGUUAUCUCGUCCAUUCGCAUGUCUACAUUGCGAUUUUGCCGGGUGCUGGAAUGACGGACAUGCUCUUCAACAUCUGA